AAAUCAGACUACCGGUUUAAAUAAAUGCUCUUUAGAGAAGGGUGAAGGGAGAGGAAAAGCCUGAGCAAGGGGGGACAGUAGGAGGGAUUGAGUGAGAGUGAGAGAGAAAGAGAAAGAGAGAGAGGCGACAAAACAGUUUACAUCAUUGUUCCAGAAACAUCGUCAGCUGGCUGGCAGGGACUGGCAGUGGCAGAGUAUAUAAGCGGGCUGUCGGGGACAAAAAAACACGUUCCGAGUGGAUUGUGGGCAGUAGCUUCGCACCUCUGGAGCACAAUGGAUGUGGCUAUCCAGCAGCCCUGGUUCCGUAGAUUUUUGCCAUCUUUCUUCCCCAGCCGUCUCUUUGACCAACACUUUGGAGAGCACAUCAGUGAGAGCGACAUGUUGCCACCCAUCCCCUCCCUGUACUACCCACGGUCCUCUUUCCCGCGUUGGCCAGGCUGGCUGGAGAGCGGGCACUCUGAGAUGCGGAUGGAGAAAGAUCGUUUCACAAUUAGCCUUGAUGUGAAGCAUUUUGCCCCCGAGGAGCUGUCUGUGAAGAUUAAUGGAGAUUAUAUUGAGGUCUUUGCCAAACAUGAAGAACGUCAGGAUGACCAUGGUUUUGUGUCACGGGAGUUCCAAAGGAGAUACAAAUUCCCAGCCGGAGUAGACCCAGCCAGUGUUACCUCCUCCCUGUCCUCGGACGGUGUCCUCACUGUAAUCGGCCCUCGGAAGGCUUCUGAUGUCCCCGAGCGGAACAUCCCCAUCACAUGUGACGACAAGCCUUCUGUGCAACAGAAGUAGAGCCUCCAGUCCUCUGCCUCGCCAUCCACUGUGCUCUGCCCAUCUUCGUGCUUCACACGCCCCUCACCCUCAUGUUCUCAUGUGUAUGUAUGUAUAUGUCAAUCAAGUCUGAAACUAAGACCCAUAGGGCCACAAAACCAAAAAUACUCUCAGUAUUAUUUCCAAGACAAACUCUUACAACCUUACAGAUGGUAAACAUGACUGCAAAACAGUGCCAAUCUCAUACAUUAUUUUGAUUUUGGUGACAUAUUUCAUUAGCUUGGCUCAAAUAAGUGGUGAGUGUAUAAAUGGCAUCAGGGUACAUUAAAACGAGGUGGAGAGACAUGAUUUGUCAUGCUGAAGGAUGUAUAAGAGAAGAAAAGGCAAGCUGAAAUGUGAGAUAUGGGGAAAUGUAUGGCUCAAGACAAGAUAAAAACAACUUUAACAGGGCCUACAUUUUGAAUAUGACUAAGUAUGUUUGCUUUGCUAGUUUAUACAUGAUUUAACAUGCAGCAGCUCAAUAUCAUAAAUAAAUUAUUAUUAAAUCAUUAAUAAUACUCUAUCACUAGUCUCACUGCAUCCAUAAAAUGUCUGUGUCCUGUUUCAGGUAACACAGUUGUUUCAGGCUGGGAUGUCAGGAUGGGAAGUACAAUACUUCUUUGUUUAUAAGUUACUGCGAUGACCAGAAACUACAGUUCCUAUAAUUACAGUUCCUGUAGAUUUUGAAAAGGUGAUUUAUAGUGGGAAAGUGGCUAUCACUGUGUCUAAACUUUUAAGUGCUAACAAUGGGUUAAAUUUCAGAGCAAUAUUUGGCAUUUAAGACAGCAGUGUAGUAAUCUCAUUGGGAUGAUCUAUCACCUUUGUGGCAGAGAAAAAUGACUGAGUCCACUAAAAGGAUGUUUAAGUAAGUUAAUGGAUGGGAAAUCGACUUCAGUGUUGACUCAAAGAAUGCAAGUGUUGGAUGUGUGUGUGUGUGUGUGUGUGUGUGUGUGUGUGUGUGUGUGUGUGUGUGUGUGUGUGUGUGUGUGUGUGUGUGUGUGUGUUUGUUUGUUUGUGUUGACACGUGUCUGCAUUUAUGCCACAGUCUAUGCAGGCUCUGUAUAGGUAAAAGAAAACUAAAAAUCCUUACACUCUAUACCUUCCUAUAUACUAUAAUUUUAAGUAUUCCCAAUCAAGGAUUUAAAUAAUAUUAAUAUACAUUUACAUCAUAAUUAUAUAGUUUCAGAAUACUAAUAUUGGUUUAUGGAAGAAACAAACAAGCCAAAACACAUACACUAAAAAGGUAAUUUUCCAACCCCUCGGAUCUGCAUCUUUUUUCUUUUUACAUGUACCUGAGGGGUUGUUCUAAACUCUUGUAUUUCAUUUUGCUUGCUUAGACAUUUAAUAUUAACAAUUAACAUUGAUUCUAUGAGUGUAUAAUCAUUAUUUACAUGCAUAAUAAAAAGUUCACAAUUUAAAGAAAA